AUGGCAAUGCUGAGAGUGUCAUCGUACCGGAGACUUCUCGAACAGAAGCAGCAAAGACCAGCUACAUGGUUCAGCCAGCGCUGUGGAACCCAGAUCCUUCCCUCCGCUACCAGGGGUGGAGUUUCCAUGAUCGAAUGCCCUGAGCCGGAUUUUGCUGCCGCUCGAGCUCUGAACAGAGAGGCUGUGAGGCGUUUUGCUCAAGAACGCUCCAUGAUGGUCGGGCUAAACGAUCGCCUGGCUGUCCUUAUCGACAUGGAACGAUGUCUGGAGGAGGAAAACGAGUCUCUUGAGGCUCAGAUCAUUGAAAUGGAGAAGAGACUGGCUGCCAAACCAAGUUCGUUCACUGCUCUCGGUCGCGGCUUCCCCUCAGACUCCAGUUUGGAGGCCGUGGUUGAAAAACUGCGCAGAGAGAAGGAGGAGAUUUUAUGUGACAUAAAUAAUCUGAAAAAAGACUUGCAGCAUAAACAAAAGAAGUAUGAUGAGGCUGUGGAGCAGAGGACUCUUCUUCAGCUGGAGCGUGAGGAUGUCGCCGUGGAGGUGGAUGCCGUGACAGCUGAUUGCCUGGCACUCAGAGAACAAGUCGCCGUAUACGAGGCGCAGCUGGCUGAAAUGGAGCAGCAACAUGAGCUGAGGAUCGAGAGUCUGUCUGAGGCGGCGGCUGAAGAUAAGCAUGUUUCAACCGUGUCUCUUAAAUUUCCCUGCAUCGACAUGAAUCCAGCCAUCACCGUUAUCAAGGAAUACUACUGCCAGCUGGCUGAGAGCCUACAGUUUGAUUCCGCGGUCGCUGCGGUUUCCAGACGAGACGUAAUAGGUAGACCGGGGGAGAAAACAUCCAGAGGGAAAGUGAAGGCUGAUUCUGAGGUGAUGGACGUGAAGGCUCUGAAGGAGCUGAUUGCUGAGCUCCGGCGGGAGCUAGCUGAGAAGGAGAAGUGUAAAGAAGAACUGGAAACAGAGAUUCAAUCCAAAAGUGAGGAUCAUCUACUGGAGAUUGAGGAACUGGAGACCUGCAUUUGCCGGCUGGAGGAAGAGGAAGCUGACUUACAGGCCCAGAUGAAGGAACAAAUAGCAGACCACGAUGAGCUGCUCAAUGAAAAGAUGGCACUGGACAUAGAAAUUGCUGCUUACAGGACCUUGGUGGAGAAGGAGGAAGACCGAAUUUGCAACCUGUAAAAAGACCGGACG